AUGACUAAAGGUAACAGAGAAGAUCCCAAAACUGGAAGUAAGAUGGAAUGUUUUCAACAAGGAGUCCGGAAACAUACACUUUUGGAAAAAAAAAAAAAGGUGCAGAGCAUAACAAAGGAUGAUGUUAAAAAUUACUUACUGAGGAAUGCUUUCGUGCUUUUCACCAUUGUUGCUGUGAUUCUUGGUGAGUAA